AUGGACUGGAAUCGAGUUGUUUUUACAGAUGAGAGUUCUUUUCAUAUGAAACAAGUGAUAAGACGUGUUUGGAAGAAACGUGGUGAACAAUAUUAUGUUUCCACAAUUAAGCAUCCUGUCAAAGUGCAUGUUUGGGGUUGUUUUAGUCAAUAUGGAUUUGGUAAACUGGUAUUAUUUAAACAUACAUUGAACUCGAAGUUUAUGUGUACAAUAUACAAGAAUGGACUUCUACCAUCAACAAAAAAAUGGUUUGGUAACAAUGCUUCUCAUUGGAAACUGUUGGAGGACAAUGAUCCUAAACACACUUCCAAGAUGUGUAAAAGAUUUAAGGUCGACAAUGGUAUACAAUCAUUAGCGUGGCCAUCACAAUCUCCGGACUGCAAUCCAAUUGAAAAUGUUUGGUCAUUACUGAAGCUCAAAAUAAACAAACAACCACGAACAUCGACCAAGAACUUUAUUAGGAGAAUUAAAAAAGAAUGGAAAAGUUUACCUAUUGAAUUUGCUGAAAAAUUAGUCGCUUCGAUGAAAAAUCGAAUCGUGCCCACUUAUGGCGCUUACUGUAAAAUUGAUAAAUAUCACUUCUGUAAAACUCAACUUAAAUAUCUCGGUCAUAUCGUUUCGAAAGAAGGAAUUCAUCCUGAUCCUGAUAAAUUAAAUGCUGUACGUGAAUAUCCUGUACCAACAAAAUAA